UCAGACGAAACGCAGCUCGCUCGUUUUCCCUCAUUUUGCUAGGCAGGCCGAUUUUACCUGACCAAGAGGCUCCAUCUGUAGUUUUUCUUAUUUCAUACGAGAUCCCAUAUCUCACAGUUUGCAGGGUGCAUAUAGCAGUGAGGUCUCGUCCGGGCUUCCGCCUGUGACCUGCAGGCAUGGCUGACAAACGGGACCGUUCUCCAGAAGGGUCACCCGUAGAAGAGCGGGCGCGUUUGGAUGGCUCUCCGCUUGUAGAGGACCGGCGGCGAGUCUCUAGCCGGGAACGAGGCGAGCGCGGCUCUUCAAGAGAGUUACGCGACAGGUCAAGGGACCGCGAUGGCGAGCGCGAGCGGGGCCGCGAAAGCCGGGAGCGGGACGUGGACCGGCGGGACCACCGCGACUAUGAGCGGGAGCGGGGCCGGGGCGAGCGGGACCGCGACGACGAUCGCGACGACCGGCGCCGCGGCGACCGCCACGACGACCGCCGGCGGCGAUCCAGGUCUCGGGACCGGGACUACCGGCGGCGAUCUCGCUCCCGGUCACGUGGACGCUACGACUACAGUCCUCCGCGGCGGCGGGACGACCGGGAGUGGCGAGGCGGCGGCGGGCGGGGCGGCGGCCGGCGCGGGCGGCUCGAGGACAGCGAGGAGGAGGCGUACGGCGGGUACAGGCCGCGGCGCCGCCAGGACCCUAACAAGUCCGACAAGCCGCUGCCGCCCGGCGCCGGCCCGGGCUCCAUCCAGGACCCCUUCUACUACCUGCGGCAGAACGUGCCCACCGACCCCGCGGAGGCCCAGCGCCUGUGGCUGGAGCAGCAGCUCAAGAGCCGCCAGAUGGUGCUGCAGCAGCAGGCCGUCAGCGCGGCGGCAGCCAGUGCCAAGACCCAGCGCGAGCUGUACAUCGGCAACCUGGUGCCGGGCGCGGUGACGGACGUGGCGCUGCGGCAGCUGUUCAACGCCACACUGCUGGCCGCCUUCCCGCCCACCCAGCCCGGGGAGGCCGACCCGGUGGCCAACGUCAACCUGCACAGCGAGGGCCGCUACGCCUUCGUGGAGUUCCGCAGCCCCGAGAUGGCCACCGCCGCCCUGGCGCUCAACAACCAGGUCCAGCUGCUGGGCCAGACCAUCAGCGUGGGCCGCCCCAGCGGCUACGUGGACCCCAGCAAGGCCGCCUCCGCCGCCACCGCCGCCGCCGCCGCUCUGGACGCCUUCCAGAAGGGCGAUAUGGAGCAGCUGGCGCAGCACGCCGCCGCCGCAGGCAUGAACCUGGCCCAGCUGGGCCUGGCCACACUCAUGCUGCAGGCCAAGAGCGGCGCGGCGGCGGCAGCGGCAGCGGCAGUGGGCACGGCGGGAGCAGCGGCUGGAGGCGAGAAGCUGCCGCCGCCGCCGCCCCUGCCCGGCACCGGUAAUGGGGCGGCGGCGGUGGCAGCCGUGGCGGCUGCAAUUGGGCACGGGCAGCCGGAGGCGGACGCAGAGGGCGCGGGCGCAGCUGGGUCGGGUGCGGGUGCGGGUGCUGGCGGGGAUGUGAGCCCCUACCUGGAGGUGGACGGCAUGCUGAGCGAGGACCUGCUGGUGGAGGACGAGGAGUACGAGUCCGAGUCAUAUGCCGCCCGGCACACACACUGCCUCGGCCGCCCCGCGCCGGCGACCAGACCAGAGCAGUCCAGCAAUGCUCAGCAGCAGACCAGACCAGGCCAGGCUAGGCCAGCGGUCGAGCGGCCAACUCGCACGCUGGUCUCGUCAUCGGCAGCCGGGGCCCUGGGGCCCGCGUCCAAAGCAGCUGCAUUGUUGGUGAUUGAGGACCUGCGUGACGAGUGCGACCGCCACACGCCCGGCGGCGUACUUGCGGUCAAGGUGCCGCGCCCCCCGCCGGAGCAGCGGGCCGCGGGCGGCUUCAUGGGCAUCGGGCACUACGGCAAGGCGUACGUGUCGUUCCGCGACCCGCUGGCCGCCCAGCGCGCGCACGCCGCCAUCCACGGCCGCCUGUUCGCGGGCAGCACCGUGCGCGCCGCCCACAUCACCGCGGAGCAGUUCGCCGCGGUGCCGGAGAACUAGCACCGGCGGCUGUAGCGACUGGCGGCUGCAGCACUGGCCGGGUGGUGCUGGCCACACGUACGUGCUGGUUGGGCCACCGGCUUUGGCAGCGACUGACUUGUGGCGUGACAUGGCGUCCACGAACGUGUGACGGGCUGCUGCGCGGUUUAGCGUGUUUUAGCGUGUUGUGUUUGAUCGUAUGUGCGAUUUAAGUUGUUUGCUGAGGUCGAUAUGGCAGUUUCACCCGGGUCUUCCUGGCGUCUUCCUGGCUCGUGCUCUGGACGGGCGCGCAGUGGCCCGCGGCGUGUUGACUUGUUUCGGACCGCGGCGUGCUGUGCAGGGCAAGGGAGGGGGCGCCGCAAUUCCAACAAACCUUUGGUAACCCAUACCUGAGGAUUCCGAACACGUGGCUGCCCCAAGUUGCCUUGGUCGCUGUGGAAGCACAAGGCAAGAUAGUACAUCUAGCCCGCCUCAUGCAAGUGUGUUGGCGCUGGGGGCGAUCGGAGAAUGCAGUCGUUACAGCAGCGGGCCAGGAGGGAACCAGCUGAAUGCGCUCUUGUUAGCAGGCCUUCUUCAGCAGCAGGCCUUCUCCAGCGUGACCAAUUACGGCAAGUAGCUAUUACCAGUAGCUAGCUGCGGUUGUUGGUCCGGUACGCCUUCCCCCUGCCUGUGAGCCCACAUUUCUCCACAUGUGACCCUGCCCAUCCCCAGCCCAAUCCGGCUCAUGCCCGGCCGCGCUCUACCAGGCAGCCUCUCCAUCAGCGCACGCCGCAUGUUCGUUGUAGAGCUGGCGUCGCGGCCUUGCAAUACAACAUUCACGUGGGACGUCAGGCGCUGUAGGGCCGGGGGCGUGGGGGCAUAGGCGGGUGGGUAUGUGGGUGGGCGCUACCGUAGGCGAUGCAGGCGGCGCACGAGUUGGCCCCCAGCACGGCACAACCUGGGCUGACCGGGGAGGCUGGGACAGGGUGAAGGCGGCUGGGGCGUAGCUGCCAGUCGUCAUGGCAGUGGGGAGGACGGGGAUGGAGGCGGGGGUCGCGGCUGCUGAUGCACAGGUGACCGAUGGCGGCGCCCAUGGAGGGGCCGGAUAUGGACAGGGCAAGACAGGCUGGUGUCGUCGACCGAGGCGAAGCCGACGAAGCUGAUCGUGGAGGCGCCGCGCCCUUGGGUUUAAAAGGUGGAGACGGAGUAGGCGCGAUUCCUGUAGUGGUUGUGGAUGAAGGCUUAAGACAUACGAGUGGGCAUGCGGCGAGUGCGAGAGCGCCUAGAAUGGCCCCGUUCGGCUGAACAUGGACAGUCCGCUGGCGUGGGUGCGCCACAAGGCUGUAACGAGUGGAUGCU